AUGAAUGUCAGUCGGCAACUACUCGAAACUAGAAUAAAGAGUGCUCUCAGCGAGGUAAAAGCAAAAAGUAUCGGAGAUGAUACUCAAACCAAAGAUUUUAUAAAAAAGGAAAUUUUUAAAUCGAUUAAAAAGGCUUUUGGUGAAGAAAACUUCAAAAAUGGUUUUUACCAAGGAGGAUUAAACAAAGAAGAAGUUUUAAGUUAUUUAGAAGAAGUUUUUGGAAGAAAGAAUUUAGUGAAUGGUAAAUAUAAAGGUGGUAAAGAAGUAACUAUUGAAGUAAUUAAUGAACUCUUCGGAAAAGAAAAUAUUAAGAAUGGUAAAUAUCAAGGAGACCUUAGCAAUUUAAAAGGGGUUUUAGGCGAAAAAAAUGUAGUGGAGGAAGAAAGUAACAAAGAAAAUAUUAAAACUAUUGAAACUAAAUUAGGUGGCACUGAAAAGUUCCAAGAUGGAGUUUAUCAAGUUAAACCUGAAGUAGUUAAAGCGGUAGUUGAAGAAUUAGAAGCCAAAGGAAUAAUUUUAAAAAAAGUUCGCAAUAUUUUUGGAGAGGGUAAAUUUUAUCCUGAUGAAGCCAAUGAAAAAAAUCCAGUUCCGCAAGGGAGAGAGGGAUGUUAUCGAAGUGAUGAAGAGAUUGCUAUGAUGCAAGCUCAAGAACAAAAGAAAAUUCGAGCCAUUGAAGAGGGCAAGGAAUUAGUAGGAGGAGAUUUUACUGAUAAUGAAAAGAAUGAAAUUCAUUUAGCCAAAACUCCCCAAGAUAUUGAAAUAGUUUUAAAAGCCAUUCCUGGAAAGAGAAGAAAAGAAGCUUGA